AUAACAAUACUGUCAUAAAAGGUAGGGUUUACGCCUUUAUAGACUCACUCUCUCUAUUGAUUAACCAGUCUGCCUUGCCUUGAAUACUCGGUGGCAAUCAGGUUUCAAUCAGCGAGCACCGCAUCUUCGUUCCCGUGAAGUCGGUAUCUAAUUUCGACAACAGUCCCGAAUGUUUCCUUUUAUGUCUGCUACUACUGCACAACUACUGUAGAUGUAAAUCCGCAAGGGCAAGGCGGAGGCACGGCGAGCCGGCCCCACGGCCCAUCGCCCGGUCCCACCUCCUGGGUCUACCGUUUGGAAUUGGCAUUUAUCUUUACUCGUACUCUACUCGUCUUGGGCUUGGUACACUCAUUCAAUGAACAAGUGAACAUGAGCCUACCUGUUCACAUAUCAGAAAGUGAUGCAGCACAGAAUCCAGGAUGCAUGAAUCUUCUCAAAGCAAUCCCACAACAUGUGACCGAAAACGGAACAUCUAAGCACAUUGAAGAGGCUCACAAAAGGGCGAAAGAUGGAAUGGAAAGGGUUAGGAUAGGGUACCUUAAACAGCACAUCCUACAUCACGAACUGCAUGAACUCGUAAUGGAACACCGCAUAGCAUCUCAAGAAAUGGCUCCAGACUCCAAGACUGCACAGUUCUAUGAAGCUCUGGAUCAGUGUUUAGCUACUGCUGAAGCAUGUGACUAUCUAUCAGAAAGGAAUAUAGGUGGUGAACAUGGUGGCGGUGCCACCCUGCUUGGAUUGGAGAAAGGCAAACUCCUUGAGGGAAAUCAUCAGAAAAAGGUAGCAUCCAUGAUCCAACCCCAAUUAAUCCCCUUGAUAGAAGAAAGACUGAGGAAGAAAUGUGAAGAGCUUCAAACUUUCCAUGAAAGUGACUCCAGCUCGACUGCAGAUGAGAUGACCUUUGCCAAGGCCACUCAGCUACCAGACGUCUUGAGACGGGAGAAAAUGAAAUUGGAGGAAGAGAAGAAGCAGCUGAAAUUAGCCAAACUCCUAAGGAACAAACAAUUCUGGCAGUACAACCAGAGCUUGAGAGAGGCUCUACAAACCUUAGAGAAACUGAUCACUAAUCACAUGUUACGGUUGCAAGCGGACAGCGACAGCAUCACAACAGACUGGCUCAGUGCUCGAUGUCAUGCUAUGAGUCUCAAAAUCAGAGUCUUUGAGGCUAAGCUGUUGUGCAGUACAUACACACCUGAAGUGCUUCAAGCUAUGAAAGCUACAAGGCAACAUCUGGAAGGUGCUGUCCAGGAGCGCAAGACCGAUCUGAUGCGGCACAGCCAAGCACUCAAAAACUAUGCAGCCAUUGGGAUAGGGUUUGAAGAGAUAGUGAAUGAAUACCAGGAGUUAACAGCUGCCAUCGACAACAAGAAAUGGGCUCUUCGUGAGCUGAAGCAGAGCUUGCAAGAGGAGGAAACAGAUGACUUAAAUUCUGUUAGAUGAAGUUCUUUAAUUUAACUUGAACUUUACAUUGAAGGGACAGAUGUGACAAUCAAUUUUUGAACUGACAUGGUUGCAAGAUGAUGCAGCAUUUUACUUUAAAAGAUGACAUCCCAUUCUUGUCAACUUAGCUCAUAGCAAUGGUGUGUCCAAGAAAUAUGCCCGUUGUGCAGGAAGUUCAUGAACCAGCAUGAAUGUAGCCUCACACACCUUUGAAAUGUAGCAAUGAUUUUCAUGUGAAUACACAUUGCAGGCUUACAAAAGAAUCUUGGGUCCAACUGCAAUUUGCCUUUCAAAGAAUUUUUAAACAACACUUGUAAUUACAGGUGAAUCAGCCCAAGUAAAAUCUGUUUGACCUAAAGCCCCCAUCACACUUAUUCCGAAUCAAGCAGAAUUGGCCGGAAUGAAAGGACUAUUGUUCGACCACCAGUUGGUCAUUUCAAUCUACUUCGAACACCGUUCAAAAAUACCCCUCGAAUGUUUUGAACAUGACCAAAACCUUCGGGAUGGCCAAAAGAAAUGAAAAAAAUAUUUCAAAUGCAGUCAGAAUAUUUAGAAUGUCCAAGAAUGUAGCACGAAUUAUCAAUCUGACUCCAUUGCGGUUCAUUUUGACUAGUGUAUGAUGAUUCACCUGGUCAAUUUACUGAAUUUCAACUCCAGUUUGGUGAAUUCAUAAGUUCCUCCCAAAAAUUUCUACAUUUUUUUAAUAUUGUUUUUGUUCCAGCUUCUGCUUGAUCCCUGCUGAUUCCGAAUGAGUGUGAUGGGGGCUUAAGCAAUGUGAAGAACAUGUUUGCAUAUUGUCUGGAAAAAAUGCUUCCACUUAUGUUAGGUCAACUUAAUCAGAGUUACUUUAUCAUGGUGAGGUCGUCAGAAUAUAGCCAUUUUUGUUUCCAUUACAUAAAUUAGUGAUUUAAUCAUAUGUAUACCGCCAAAUGCAAAUUAUUUAAAGAGUACUGAAGUAAAUAUACAACCCUCAAAUGAAAAUUCUCAUAGACUGAUAUUUAUUUAAAAUCAGAAAUAUAAUUUGCAUAUUUUACAAAAUAAAAAGUGGUUCACAUAGUGAAUUAACACAAUAAUUGCACAAUAUAUUUAUACAAUGCAUCAUAUAUGUUCAGAAUGUACAGGUAUUUACAAAGUGUCCUUAAAUAUGAUUUGGAAUAUCCAAUCUUAAGACAGAAAUUAUGAUGAAAAUAGUUUUGUGCUCUUGUCAUUACAUGAGCAUAAAUAUAAUAUAGAUUACAUUAUCACAAUUUUUUUAUUCAUAUCUAGUCCUGUAUUUAUAUAAAGUCAAACUGAAUAUUUCAUUUUUUCAUUGCUGUCACUUUUUAUACUUUGUUCACUACAAAUGAAAAUGUGUCUGUAAACUGAGUCUCGUUUCGAUCAAGUUUUGCAAAAUAUCAAAACUGCUAAUUGUCAAAGGAUAAAUUCAUUGUCAGCUAAAAUGAAACAGUGCAUUGUGAUAUUUAGGAUUAAAUUUUAAAUAUCAGUCCAAAUGUCUUAUUAGACCUCAUGUGUUACCACUUCUCAAGUAUCUAUUAAUGUGAUGAAAGUUACAGAAUAGAUCUUUGUAGUUUUCUAAUUUGCAUUUGCUAAAUUUAUAAAGCUAAGACUUGGUUAGAGUUCAAGGGGCCAGUGUGAAGUUGAAUUACAUUGAUGGGUCAAGAUACUUUCUCUGAUUACCCCCAAAAUUCAAAUUUUCAUACAGAAUCAAUCAAGAAUAAUGGCCACUUACUAAACUUACUAAAAUUGGAAUCGCAAAAUAAAAGCUCAAUACAAGAAACCUUUUCUAAAGUUCUGAAAUCAAGUAUUGCAUUAUUGUGGGGAAAUAAUUCUAUGCACAUUGUCAUAAUGAAUGUAUAACAUCUGAACACUUCUUUUUUUUCAGUGCUUUACUAUCAUAUUCAGGUCAAAAUUCCUCUUGCAUACUGAACAGAAAAUGAAUGCAACUGUUUUUUGUCUCACCUGCAUAGCAGAGUGAGACUAUAGGCGCCGCUUUUCCGACGGCGACGGCGGCGUCAACACCAAAUCUUAACCUGAGGUUAAGUUUUUGAAAUGACAGCAUAACUUAGAAAGUAUAUGGACCUAGUUCAUGAAACUUGGCCAUAAGGUUAAUCAAGUAUUACUGAACAUCCUGCCUGAGUUUCAUGUCACAUGACCAAGGUCAAAGGUCAUUUAGGGUCAAUGAACUUAGACCAUGUUGGGGGAAUCAACAUCAAAAUCUUAACCUAAGGUUAAGUUUUUGAAAUGUCAUCAUAACUUAGAAAAUAUAUGGACCUAGUUCAUGAAACUUAUACAUAAGGUUAAUCAAGUAUCACUGAACAUCCUGCAUGAGUUUCACAUCACAUGACCAAGGUCAAAGGUCAUUUAGGGUCAAUGAACUUUGGCCGAAUUGGGGGUAUCUGUUGAAUUACCAUCAUAACUUUGAAAGUUUAUGGAUCUGAUUCAUGAAACUUGGACAUACCUAAUAGUAAUCAAGUAUUACUGAACAUCCUGUGCAAGUUUCAGGUCACAUGAUCAAGGUCAAAGGUCAUUUAGGGUCAAUGAACUUUGGCCAAAUUGGGGUAUUUGUUGAAUUACAGCCAUAAAUUUGAAAGUGUGUUGGUCUAGUUCAUAAAACUUGGACAUAAUAGUAAUCAAGUAUCACUGAACAUCCUGUGCGAGUUUCAGGUCACAUGAUCAAGGUCAAAGGUCAUGUAAGGUCAAAGAACUUUGGCCACGUUGGGGGUAUUUGUUGAAUUGCCAUCAUAUCUCUAUAAGUGUAUUGGUCUAGUUCAUAAAACGUGGAAAUAAGAGUAACCAAGUAUCACUGAACAUCUUGUGCGAGUUAUAGUAGUUUUCAAAAUCAGCACUGCUGCUAUAUUGAAUCGCGUGAUGCAGGUGAGACGGCCAGAGGCAUUCCACUUGUUUUUUAAAUAAAGAGAAAUUUUAAAAUGUCACAACAACCUUUAUUUUACAUCUGAUUUUGACGAAAUUUUCAUCGUUGAGCUUGUUUGAUUAUCUCUUUUUAUUCAAAUGAACUUUUGUGGGGGUAGUCUUGCGCUUACAACAUUUCAAUAACUAUUAUCCUAUAUAAGGAAAAAUUGAAAAUAUACUUGGUACACUAUCCAUAUACAUAAUUAAAUGAAAAGAACCUGAAGACAAUUUGAGUGAAUGAUAAUUCACAGAAAUCAUAGAACACAUUCGGAAUAACAGCUCAAAUGUGACAACACAGAAAUGUAGAUCUAAAAAGUGUUGUAACUCUCUUCAAGUUACCUUUCAAUUGAGUUUUAUCAAACUCUCAUUGAUAUGUUACUCUAAUUUUUCCUGCUUUUAUCUACACCACCCAACAUUAUAAAUCACUGCAUAGACAGGUCUAUUUGAAAGUGAAAUUUGAAAUUGAGAUUACAGGCUAUUAAAUCAUAUUUCUGUACUCUAGUGGUGAUCUAUGUGAUAUUUUCCAAUACUGGGUCACGGUUAGAAUGUUAUCGUGACUGACUUUAAAUUGAAAUUAAGAAAUAAAUACAUUACAUGUGUAUCACAUA